UGACUACUCCGCUGAAAGCUUGAAACCCCUUACUACUCUAUCUACGCUUAAAGCAUUACUAAAGCAAUUGGUUACACAGAUUCGGCAUGCCUUAUUAACAGUUUAGAGAAUUAGCUUUAAACCUCACUUCAUUCACUUUCAAAUGCUUCUCAUACAAAAAAACUGACGGCAGCCAUGCCUCGCUUGAAGUUUAAAAUGCUGCUUUGCUGCCUAAUACUUCUGCCGCUGUUGUUGCUGUCGAUACCAAUAGGACUAUAUAUUCCAGAUCACCGCUUGUUAGGCCGAAGCUGUGGUCGCGCUAAAGGCGCCGCUCGUUAUUUCAUACCCUUUCAUGGCAGUUGCUUUCACAUUCCCAAAAAGUCGAUGGACUGGUUUCGGGGUUUGCGCUAUUGCCUGGCCAAUGGUCUCACACUAGCCACAUUGGAUGAGCACGAGAAAAUUCUCGUGAUUACGCGCCAUUGCCAGCACAAUAAUAUGCGUCAAGAAUAUUGGUUUGGCGGCACCGAUCUGGGUAGUACAGAUGCAUUUUGGUAUAUAAGUAACGGUUUGCCAGUACGAUAUGGACCAAACAAAGUUUCUGAGGCUGAAUCUACAGGGCACUGCUUCAAACUGAAUGUCUACGCAAACUCAACAAGUAUCGCGAGAGAUUCAUGCCUCGCCGUACAUCCAGUGAUUUGUGAGCGGAGAGAGAGUGCAAGCUUUUUUAGAAGAGAAGGGGAAUUUAUGUGAAAAGCGUAUUGUGUAAGAAAUUGUGGCUAAUUAUAUGCAGAUCAGCGAGAUAAAAUUCCGCCACGAGUUUCGUAUCUUAUCUCAAAUAUUAGCAUACAAAAAUUAAUUAAAUAAGUAAUAACAAAAACAAAAAUUUUAAUGUAAUUUGCGUGUUCUUCACAAUACAAUUUCAUUGUCAACAAA